AUGGAGAGGGUGAUGGUGAGCGCUGUGACAGGAGUGAUUUCACCACUCCUGCGCAAGCUCACGGCCUUGCUGGAGAAGAAGUACAAGCUGUCCAAAGAUGUGAAGAAGGAGAUCACCUCUUUGAAAGAUGAGAUGAGCUCUAUGAGUGCUCUGCUCGUGACGCUGUCUAGGACCGAGGAGCUCGAUGAGCAACAGAAGGACUGGCGUGACAAGGUCCGUGAGCUGUCUUAUGGUAUGGAAGACUGCAUCGACAUAUUCAUGAAUGAUCUUGAUAGUGCUGAUGCCAAGGCUGGGCUUUUGGGUGGACUAAAGAAGCUCAAGGCUCACUACAAGAUUGCUAACAGGAUCGAAGAACUGAAGGCAAAGGUCUUGGAAGCAAGCGAUCGUCACAAUAGAUAUAAGCUUGAUGAGCAUGUUGGUUCUUCUCGGGGCCCUGAACCUAUUGACCCUCGUGUACAGGCACUCUACACCGAGGCCAGUAGCCUUGUAGGCAUAGAUCGCCCAAAGGACAAGCUUAUCGAGUUGCUGAUGAUGGAGGAGAAUGCACCACAACUUCAUGUGGUAUCAGUUGUUGGAUUUGGAGGCAUGGGCAAGACAACUCUUGCCAAACAAGUUCACGAUAAAAUCAAAAGCCAAUUUGAUUGUACAGCCUUUGUAUCGGUGUCUCAAAAUCCCAAUCUUGUCAAGGUAUUGUCAGAUAUACUCUCUGGAGUUUGGGGGCAGGUGCCUUCUUUCCUGAAUGAUGAGCGCCAACUGAUCGACAAACUCAGGGAAGUUCUCCAAAACAAAAGAUACCUUAUCGUGAUUGAUGAUAUAUGGGCAAUGGAAGCAUGGAACAUUAUUAAAUGUUCUUUCAUGGAGAAUAAUCGUGGUAGUAGAGUUAUAAUUACUACACGUAUUGAAGAUGUAGCUCAUGCAUGUUGUUCUUGUUUCCAUGGCCAUGUCUACAACAUCAAACCUCUUAAUGAUCUUGACUCAAGGAGAUUAUUCCAUAGAAGGAUUUUCCCCUUUGAAGAUGCUUGUCCUGAGAAACUAACAAAUGUUUCUGAUGAAAUUCUAAAGAAAUGUCAAGGGGUUCCACUAGCCAUACUGAGUGUAGCCAGCCUUUUGGCUAAUCAUAAGGAGGUAAAUUCAAAGGAAUUCUGGGAAAGGAUACAAAAUUAUUUAAGUUUACAAUUGGAAGGAAACCCUGCUUUAGAAUGGAUGCGACAUGUCCUUAAUCUUGGAUACAACUAUUUAUGUCUGGAUCUUAAGACCUGCAUGCUAUAUCUCGGGAUAUUUCCUGAAGAUUAUGAAAUAAGAAAGGAUGAUUUGGUUAAGAGGUGGAUCGCCGAGGGUUUUGUGGGUCUAGAGGAGAUUGCAGAAAAUUAUUUUAGUGAGCUCAUCAAUAAAAACAUGAUCCAAAUAGCCGAGUUUGAUGAUUGUGGGAAUGUGUUGUCUUGUCGAGUGCAUGAUCUAAUGCUUGACUUUAUCAUACUGAAGUCCACAGAAGAAAACUUUUUCACUGUAACUAAGGAAUUCCCUGUAAUUCAUGAUCCACAUACCAUGAAAGGCUCCAUGGAAGUUCGCCGACUGUCCCUCCAACUCAGAAAUACAGAAUGCAAUCAUGUGCUAGGGAACAUUGCUCUGGCCCAAGUUAGGUCAUUUAACUUUUGGGGCCCUGGUCAAUGUAUGCCUUCUCUCUCGAGGUUUCAACUUGUGAGAGUUCUACAUCUUGAUGUGUAUGAUUCCAAGGAAGAGCAGUAUGAUCUGCCUUCGAUACGCAGUUUGUUCCUACUGACAUAUUUGAGGAUCAGAGGUUUGAAGUGUGAUGAACUGCUAAAACAAUUGCAAACACUGAAACAUUUGAAGUCAUUGGAGAUAGUCGGUGGAGGAAAUCGUGGAGAGCUAGAUGUUCACUACUUACCCUCAAUGUUGUGGCAUCUCAUUGUUCCUAAAAAUUUGACUUUGUUCGGUGAGAUUGGCAGGAUGGAAGCCCUCCGUACUCUGUAUCAACCCUUCAUUAUACAUGUGGAGAUCUUGAAGGGACUCGGUAAUCUGAAGAACUUAAGGGAGUUAAAGCUAUAUCUCUUUGGAUUCAGUGAUUUUGAAGAUGCCCUACUCCCUUCACUCUGUAGGCUCGACAGCCUUCGAUCCCUAACCACCGAUGGGUACACCUUAGGAUAUGAUUGUUUGACUUAUUGGAACCCACCUCCGCGCCAUCUUCAUAGACUGCAUGUACUGAACUGCCCCUUCUCCGUGGUCCCAGAUUGGAUUUUGCAACUCGAAAAUCUCAAAAGCUUGGAGAUGCAACUCGUGUCACUGCCAAGGGUUGGUGUCGAGGUUCUUGCCAGUCUGACCUCGCUGGUGCACCUUAUACUGCGUGUCAGGGGCAGUGUAAGGGAUCAUGCUCCCGAAGAAGACAUGGUUAUUGUCCGUGGUGCGACAUUCCCAAACCUCAAGAAUCUUGUCUUUGCGUAUGAAGUGCCCUGCCUUACAUUCGAGGCAGGCGCCACGCCAAGGCUUCAGAACCUCACUAUAGAGUGUUGUGCACAAGCAGUGCGUCAAGCCGAUGGUGUACUCAAUGGCAUCGAGCACCUAGGGAGUCUCAGGGCGUGCAAGGUGCAUAUUUACAAGUGGGUCAGUCUCUUCAGAGAGAGUUUUGAUAGGUUUGCUGCUGUGGCACAAGGAGGGGAACACGUAUUUCAGGAGGAGGCUCCACACAUGCAGGUGCAGAGUCUCCGGGCCGCGAUCAGCGAGGCGAUCAACAAGCACCCGGGAAAUCCCAGUGUCAGCAUUGUAACUUUUUGA